CCCGCGGCGACCGGCGAGCUGGGCUGGCUGUCCAUGGCCAGCCGCGAGGACCUCAUGAAGAUGGUGCGGCCGCCCUACUCGUACUCGGCGCUCAUCGCCAUGGCCAUCCAGAGCGCGCCCGAGCGCAAGCUCACGCUCAGCCACAUCUACCAGUUCGUGGCCGACAGCUUCCCCUUCUACCAGCGCAGCAAGGCCGGCUGGCAGAACUCCAUUCGCCACAACCUGUCGCUCAACGACUGCUUCAAGAAGGUACCCCGCGACGAGGACGACCCAGGGAAGGGUAAUUACUGGACCCUGGAUCCAAACUGUGAGAAAAUGUUUGACAAUGGCAACUUCCGUCGGAAGCGGAAGCGCCGCUCUGAGGCCAGCAGCAGUUCCACAGUGGCCACGGUGACGACGUCAAAAUCAGAAGAAGGGCUCUCCUCAGGACUGGGGGCUGGAGUGGGAGGGAAGUCAGAAGGAGACAGCCCCUCCUCUUUGCUAAGGCCUUCCCAGUCCCCAGAGCCUCCGGAGGGCACCAAGAGUACUGGCUCAUCUCCAGGAGGAUCCAUGCUCACGUCCAACCCUUGCCUCAACACCUUCUUCAGCAGCCUCAGCACCUUAAGCGUCAGCAGCAGCGGAAGCAGCCAGCGAGCUCUUCCUGGCAGCCGCCACCUAGGGAUCCAGGGGACCCAGCUGCCCUCUAGCAGCUCAUUCCCCACCAGCUCCAUCUCAGAGGCCUCACCAGACACCCUGCAGCUGAGUAACAGCACCAGCAAUAGCAGCAGCCAGAGGUCUUCCUAUUACAGCCCUUUCCCUGCCAGCACCAGUGGGGGCCAGAGCAGCCCCUUCAGCAGCCCUUUCUACAACUUCAGCAUGGUCAACAGCCUCAUCUACCCCCGCGAGGGCUCUGAAGUGUAG